AUGCUGAUGAGGGAGAACUUGAAACAUUCAGUGACACGUGCAUCAAGAGAUGAACCUCUUCAGGAGGUGUCCGGAGGAGGAUUCACGUGCGGAGAGUGCAGAAGGUCUUAUAAACUGAAGAGUUCGUUGAGGAAUCAUCGAAAAUGGGAGUGCGGAAAAGAGCCUCAGUUCAAGUGCCCUUAUUGCAAUUACAAGGCCAAGCAGAAGAUGCACAUGGCCAGACAUUUGGAGAGGAUGCAUAGAAGCAUCGAUUAUUCCAGCGUUAAUAUCAAAAUGGAUAAUAGGAUGAAGAAUGAGGUUGAAUACGACAAUAAUGCCAAGCAAAAUGUGUUCUGCUCUGCUUUGUUGCUCAAAAGAAAGCAGAAAUGA